AUGGCCCGGAAAGACAAGACUGAGGGCGCGCAAAGACAUCAAAUACUGACCACUGUGGGCCAACGAUGGGCUACUGUGGGCCCCCUCUCUGCCGGAGCAGCCGCUGCAGCCUCAGGAUUCGGCCAGGCUUCUCUCUUCGAGAUCGGACUCUGCAUCCCCAGCACCUGUUCCUCAUCGGAUCUUCGGGCGUCGCUGGACGAGACGGUGAAGAAUUACUCGUUGGUAUCCAAUAUUCUGAGCUGUGACGACGCCAGUCACAAAGCGUUGAGCCCGGCUGAAAUCGGUGUAACGAUCAUGUUCGUGAUUAUCGGAUUGUAUUUGUUUGCCGGAACUGCAUUGGACAGUUACCAGCGAAUGUCCGGCAAGAAGGAACUUCAAGGGAACAUAGAAAAGAUCCUGAUUGCCGGCUCAUUUCUCACCAAUGGGGAGAAGAUCCUUUCGACCAAGACCGGAAAGGACAAUAUCGGAUGCCUCAACGGAAUCAGGUCUGUAAUGAAGGAUUGGAAGUUCACAGCGAUCUCAAACGCCGUCGUGUCAGUAGACACGUUCUUCCUCCUCAGUGGCCUCCUGGUCGCCUACCUUCUCUUGAAAGAACUGGAGAGGAACAAGGGGAGAUUCAACAUCUUCCGCUUUUACUUCCAUCGAUAUCUCAGGUUGACGCCGGUCCUCGCCCUGCUCAUCGGGUUUACUACGGUCUACAUGAGUCGAUUAGGGUCCGGACCUUACUAUUUCUAUGUAAACCAAUUCAUGACGAAGCCCUGCGAAGACUACUGGUGGAGGAACCUCCUUUACAUCAACAACUUCUUUAAGCAAGAGGAAAUG